GUGUGGGGGUGUCGUCCGAGUAUUUGGGGCCCCUCGCUCAGGCACAUCUACCUCACCCCUCGGGACACUGGCGCUACGAGCAGAUAGCGGGAGAGUUUCCACUGGGGUGUUAAAAAUCUGCCUCGAGGUUUUGAGGGUCUUCUUUCAGCUCUCGGUACAUUUAAGAGUCCGGGUUUUGGAGUCAGAAAGACUUGUGCCUCCACCGCUUAUUGCUUCUGAUAUUGAGAAUUUGAAAAGAUCCCCUUGUUUAUGAAGACAGCACCAUCAGAAAUUGAUCCCAAAGACAAUCCGGACUUGGCUUGCCUCCAGUCAAUUAUUUUUGAUGAUGAGCGAUCUCCAGAAGAACAGGCCAAGAUCUAUAAAGAUGAGGGCAAUGAUUACUUUAAAGAAAAAGACUAUAAGAAAGCUGUGAUUUCCUACACUGAAGGAUUAAAGAAGAAAUGUGCAGACCCUGAUUUGAAUGUUGUCCUUUAUACCAACCGGGCAGCAGCACAGUACUACCUGGGCAAUUUCCGUUCUGCACUCAAUGAUGUGAUGACUGCCAGGAAGCUAAAACCCAGCCACCUGAAAGCAGUAGUAAGAGGUGCCUUAUGCCAUCUGGAACUGAAAAACUUUGCUGAGGCCGUGAGCUGGUGUGAUGAGGGACUGCAGAUAGAUGCCAAAGAGAAGAAGCUUCUGGACACAAGGGCUAAAGCUGACAAGCUGAAGCGAACUGAACAGAGGGAUAUAAGGAAAGCAAAAUUGAAAGAAAAGAAGGAGCAGAAUCAGAAUGAGACUUUAAUCCAGGCCAUCAAGGCUAGGAACAUCAGGUUAGUUUCUGAAGCUGCCGGUGAAGAUGAAGAUGCCGCCUCAGAAGGUUUAGCUGAGCUUUUCCGGGAUGGGCUUAUCUCUGAGAACCCCUACGGAGCCAGAGUGAGUCUCGAUGACCAGGGCAGGCUGAGCUGGCCUGUGCUCUUUCUGUACCCAGAGUGUGGGCAGUCGGACUUCAUCUCUGCCUUUCACGAGGACUCCAGGUUUAUUGAUCAUCUAACGGUGAUGUUUGGUGAAACGCCCUCUUGGGACUUGGAGCAAAAAUACCGCCCUGAUAAUUUAGAGGUCUACUUUGAGGAUUCAGAGAGAGCAGAACUAUACCGGGUGCCUCCUGAGAACACCCUGCUGCACACACUGCAGCACCCCAGGUACUCUGUAAAAGCCCUGACACCAGCAUUUUUGGUAUGUGUAGGAUCCUCUCCUUUUUGCAAGAAUUAUCUCCGGGGGAGAAAGGUGCACCAGGUAAAGUGACCAAGCCAGGCUGUGGGAGCCAGACCCCUGGACCUCCUCCUUCACCCGCCUGUGGCCGAAGUCCAGCACACUUGAUUCAGCUCUGAGAUGCCAUUUCUCUCUCUCUCGGGACAGUGCUUCCUAGCCUCUGGCUAGGGAAGUUGGCGCUGACUUCCCUGGACUGUAGCCUUUCUGGCCAAAAUGCUGAGCUCCAGCUGGUCUCCAUUCUCCUCUGCUGACAAAAAACUCUGUGCCUUGGUCCUGUCAUCCUUGGACUCCCUGUGAGCUAGCUGUAUUACUACCAGCCUCCAUCUCAGAAGAGACCAUCUAUCGCAUUUAACACAGCAGCUGACCCAAGUGACUAACUGGCCUGCAGAGACUGGCUCACGAUCCAGUGACAUGGCUCUGGACCUCUGUGGAGUUAAGAUGACUUAGAAAAGCUACCCCUCAAAUUGCACUUACUCAUAUAAGCAAAUUGUGCAUAUAAUUUUAAGGCAUUUACUGAAUCGCUGAAGGCCAAGCUAAGAUACACUAGCCUCCAGCUAUUUGGUGAGCACAGGGGGAAUUGUGUGGGAUGUGGUAGAGAUGCCCUGGGGUGAGAUGGGGCCAGGAAAGCCAGGUCCCAUUUCCACAUUUAUAAACAGCAUGCAAACAGGUCCUUGGUACCUCUAAAGAUACAGUCAGUGCUCCUGAUCUUUGCAGGACAGAGGUCUACCAUAGACUUGAGCAGUGGCCCCUGAAUUCCUCUCCAGUUUCCACAUCUUAGGAUUUUGUGCCUUUUAAACUGAAAAAUCUUUUUGUAUGUUGGAUGAUUGUCACAGGUUGUAUUUUUGUUUACAGCUAUCUUUGCUCCCUUUACCUAUUUAGAGGCUUUUGUAUGUAUGUCCUUGCCAGUAGUUACCUGCCUUCUUGUAGCCCCCGCUCCCUGCAGGGAUGCUUCUGCUUCUCUAGCAUUGGGCUUAGUUGUGCAACUUGACUUCAAAGGGAUGUUAGCGACGUGACGGGUGCCGUGUUCCAACAAGUGUGAACUGCCAUUGCGUGAGAGAUGUGCGCUGUUUUCCUUCUGCCAUGAGAACACGUGUCCCAGAUACAAGCUCUUUCUUCAGCUUGGGAAAGGGGUGAAAAGGGACUUCAAAUAAUAGACUGUUAGACCACAGGUUGAAUCCUGGUGGCUGCCGACUUGGUGCGGCCACAGGUAAGGCACUACCACUUGGAGUCUGUGGGACUUCUGUACAAAAUGGUAUGUGAAGGACCCAGCACAGUGCCUGGAACAUGGUUAUUCAGUAAUUUCUGUUAAGUGAACUGUAUCCAGGGCACAUCUAUGCUGACCGAUAGUGCUAGUUCAGCGGUUCGCAGCCAGGGGUGAUUUUGCCUCCAGCAGACAUUGGGCAGUAUCUGGAGACAUUCUUGGUUGUCACAACUCAGUGGAGUGCUGCUGGAAUCUAGUGGGUCAGGGACGGUGCUAAACACCCUGCAAUGCCCAGGAAAGCCCCCAGUAGCAAAGAAUUAGCCAUCCCAAAUGUUGAUAGUGCUGAGAUUAAAAAACCUUGCACUAAACCAAAAAAAUAAAAUGAAACUUUCAUUCA